CGAGGAAACCGAAAUAAAACACGAGGAAACAGAAAUAAAACAUGAGGAACAAGGAGAGUUCAUCAAAGAAAAAGAGGACAAUGAAGAAUCAAGUGAAGUUGAGGAGAAAAAUAAUGUCAAAACUGGUGGGAAAACUUUGACUUGCUCUCAAACCAAACAGAAAGAUUUAAAGAAAAAAAGAGUUAAGGUAUCUUUCACCUGCACUCAGUGUGGAAAGAGUUUCACAUGUAAAUCAAAUCUUAAGCAUCACAUGAAAGUUCAUACUGGAGCGAAACCAUUCACUUGCAAUCAGUGCGGGAAGAUUUUCACACAAUCAUCAAAUCUUAAGGAUCACAUGAACAUCCACACUGGAGAGAAACCUUACAAGUGUUCACACUGUGACAAGAGAUUCAGUCAGUCAGUCAAUCUGAAAACACAUGAGAGGAUCCACACUGGAGAGAAACCUUACAAGUGUUCACACUGUGACAAGAGAUUCAGUCAGUCAGUCAAUCUGAAAACACAUGAGAGGAUCCACACUGGAGAGAAACCUUACAAGUGUUCACACUGUGACAAGAGAUUCAGUCAUUCAGCAGAUCUGAAAAAACACGAGAGGAUCCACACUGGAGAGAAACCUUACAAGUGUUCACACUGUGACAAGAGAUUCAGUCAUACAGUCAGUCUGAAAACACAUGAGAGGAUCCACACUGGAGAGAAACCUUACAAGUGUUCACACUGUGACAAGAGAUUCAGUCAGUCAGCAGCUCUGAAAAAACAUGAGAGGAUCCACACUGGAGAGAAACCUUACAAGUGUUCACACUGUGACAAGAGAUUCGGUGUGUCAUCAAGUCUGAAAACACAUGAGAGGAUCCACACUGGAGAGAAACUUUACAAGUGUUCACACUGUGACAAGAGAUUCGGUGUGUCAUCAAGUCUGAAAACACACGAGAAGAUCCACACUGGAGAGAAACCUUACAAGUGUUCAAACUGUGACAAGAGAUUUGGUGCGUCAACAGAGCUGAAAACACACCAGAGGAUCCACACUGGAGAGAAACCUUACAAGUGUUCACACUGUGACAAGAGAUUCGGUGUGUCAUCAAGUCUGAAAAAACAUGAGAGGAUCCACACUGGAGAGAAAACUUACAAGUGUUCACACUGUGACAAGAGAUUCUAUAAUUUAUCAAGUCUGAAAAAACAUGAGAGGAUUCACACUGGAGAGAAACCUUACAAGUGUUCACACUGUGACAAGAGAUUCAGUCAGUCAGUAAGUCUGAAAACACAUGAGACGAUUCACACUGGAGAGAAACCUUAUAAGUGUUCACACUGUGGCAAGAGAUUCAGUCAAAGAGGAUAUCUUAAAAAACAUGAGAGGAUUCAUACUGGAGAGAAACCUUAUAAGUGUUCACACUGUGACAAGAGAUUCGGUGCGUCAUCAAGUCUGAAAACACAUGAGAGGAUCCACACUGGAGAGAAACCUUACAAAUGUUCACACUGUGACAAGAGAUUCAGUGAUUUAUCAAGUCUGAAAACACAUGAGAGAUUUCACACUGGAGAGAAACAUUAUAAGUGUUCACACUGUGACAAGAGAUUCAGUGUGUUAUCAAGUCUGAAAAGACAUGAGAGGAUCCACACUGGAGAGAAACCUUACAAGUGUUCACACUGUGACAAGAGAUUCAGUAAUUUAUCACAUCUGAAAACACAUGAGAGAUUUCACACUGGAGAGAAACAUUAUAAGUGUUCACACUGUGACAAGAGAUUCAGUGUGUUAUCAAGUCUGAAAAGACAUGAGAGGAUCCACACUGGAGAGAAAACUUACAAGUGUUCACACUGUGACAAGAGAUUUAGUGUGUCAUCAAAUCUGAAAACACAUGAGAGGAUCCACACUGGAGAGAAACCUUACAAGUGUUCACACUGUGACAAGAGAUUCGGUGAUUCAUCAAGUCUGAAAACACAUGAGAGGAUCCACACUGGAGAGAAACCUUACAAGUGUUCCAAUUGUGGAAAGAGUUUCACAUGUAAAUCAAAUCUUAAGCAUCACAUGAAAUUUCAUACUGGAGAGAAACCAUUCACUUGCAAUCAGUGCGGGAAGAUUUUCACACAAUCAUCAAACCUUAAGGAUCACAUGAACAUCCACACUGGAGAGAAACCUUACAAGUGUUCACACUGUGACAAGAGAUUCAGUAAUUUAUCAAGUCUGAAAACACAUGAGAGGAUCCACACUGGAGAGAAACCUUACAAGUGUUCACACUGUGACAAGAGAUUCAGUCAGUCAGUCAAUCUGAAAACACAUGAGAGGAUCCACACUGGAGAGAAACCUUACAAGUGUUCACACUGUGACAAGAGAUUCGGUGUGUUAUCAAGUCUGAAAACACAUGAGAGAAUCCACACUGGAGAGAAACCUUACAAGUGUUCACACUGUGACAAGAGAUUCAAUCAAUCAUCGAGUAUGAAAACACAUGAGAGGAGUCACACUGGAGAGAAACCAUACAAGUGUUCACACUGUGGAAAGAGUUUCACAUGUAAAUCAAAUCUUAAGCAUCACAAGAGAGUUCAUACUGGAGAGAAACCAUUCACUUGCAAUCAGUGCGGGAAGAUUUUCACACAAUCAUCACACUUUAAGGAUCACAUGAACAUCCACACUGGAGAGAAACCUUACAAGUGUUCACACUGUGACAAGGGAUUCAGUCAUACAGUCAAUCUGAAAACACAUGAGAGGAUCCACACUGGAGAGAAACCUUACAAGUGUUCACACUGUGACAAGAAAUGCAUUGAUUCAUCAACUCUGAAAACACAUGAGAGGAUUCACACUGGAGAGAAACCUUACAAGUGUUCACACUGUGACAAGAGAUUCAAUCAAUCAUCAAGUCUGAAAAAACAUGAGAGGAUCCACACUGGAGAGAAACCUUACAUGUGUUCACACUGUGACAGGAGAUUCAGUCAGUUACCAGGUCUGAAAAAUCAUGAGAGGAUCCACACUGGAGAGAAACCUUAUAAGUGUUCACACUGUGACAUGAGAUUCGGUGUGUCAUCCAAUCUGAAAACACAUGAGAGGAUCCACACUGCAGAGAAACCUUAUAAGUGUUCACACUGUGACAAAAGAUUCAAUCAGUCAGUAGGUCUGAAAACACAUGAGAGGAUCCACACUGGAGAGAAACCUUACAAGUGUUCACACUGUGACAAGAGAUUCCAUUAUUCAUCAUAUCUGAAAACACAUGAGAGGAAUCACACUGGAGAGAAACCUUACAAGUGUUUAAUCUGUGACAGGAAAUUCAGGGAUUCAUCAAAUCUGAAAAGACAUGAGAGGAUUCACACUGGAGAGAAAGCACAUCACCGCAAUGUACGUGGGAAGCGUACCAUUAAGUCAUCUGUUAUACACAGUCAAACAAAAACCAACCACAGUAAGGCCCCGUACACUCGGAGACGCAUUUAGCUGUAUAUGUUGUAUGGUGUAUGCGUUUCGUCCAGACAGAUCCGGCAUUCGGGAAAGUGAAAACCCUACUUUUUUUAAAAAACCAGGUCCAAGAGUGGAUAAAUCUGAAAAUGACACCUUUGUGUUUUUUUGUACUGCCAAUCCAUAUGUUUUGUAAAACAAUUAUGUCAUCACC